AUGGAAGACCACUUGAUCAAACUCCACCGACGUCUCUUCGAAUCCAGCAGCUCGUCCUCCGAUUUCCUGCACUCCCUCCGCUCGGACACUUCCAUCGCCAUCGCCCUCCAGCACUUCUACUUGAUUCUAAAGCGGGGUGUCUCCGUCGUUGUCGAAGAAGAAGAGCAUGACGAUGACGAUAGUGUCAAGGAUAAGAAGUUAGGGUUCCAGUUAUGGACGAAUUCACAGAUUCAGUCCGUCGUCUCGUUCGGCCUCGCGAUCGUCUCUGCUUCUAGAUCUUUUUCAGUUAACCAGGCAGAGCUAGUAGUGAUCGCUGUUGUGCAACAAUUGUUGGAGUUCGCCGUUUGUUACUUGGAGAAAUUAGAAUUCUGCAAUGACGAAUCAAACAAUUUGUUUGCCACCAUUUCUACUUGCACAGUAGGUUUUGGUGCUUUGGACUGCUUAGCAUUAGAAGAUAAUAUUUUGCAGUCAGUUGAAGAUGCAGGGUAA